GAUUCCAAGAAGCUAGACAAGUCUUCCGUAUGCGCUGUCUAGACCCGGUCAGACAGGCAGCUGGUGUGUCUAGAAUACUCUUUCUAUGCUCUGGCCAUUUUCUUCAGUGUAAUUUUUUCUAGGUUACACAACGGCAGCAGCCUACUUGAAUAAGUCACAGAUUUUGACUCAGAAGGACAAAUUCGUCCAUUCGGAGCGCUGAUUCGGGACACAAGAUCAAACAGAUCUCUUUAACCUAAUUCUAUAGAUAGUUAAGGCGGUCGUUCAAUAUGCUUUUGGGCAAAGUGAGUUUGACUCCUGCGUUGUGCACAGCACUUCGUAUCUCCCCUGCCUUUUCCGGGAUUCAGAAGCAGAUCGGAGCAGCAGCCACGCAGAAUGCCCGCCUCUAUGCUUCUUCUCAGGCCGCGGAGGCAGUACUGGACAAGCAGGCUGUUGGCACCACCACAGCAACCAAGGCAGCCACUGCCAAGAAGGCACAGAGCGUGGAGUCCCAGUCUUUCGCCGUCAACAUGUUCAAGGGCCAGAUCAACCCCUCGCAGGUCUUUCCCUUCCCCUCAGUGAUGAACGAGGAGCAGACCCAGUUCCUCCAGGAGUUAGUCCCACCCGUUUCCAAAUUCUUUGAAGAGGUGAAUGACCCAGCAAAGAAUGACUCCCUGGAGAAGGUGGAGGACAGCACCAUGGAAAGCCUGAAAGAGAUGGGGGCAUUUGGUCUGCAGGUCCCCCAGGACCUUGGGGGUGUGGGCCUCACCAACACACAGUAUGCCAGGCUGGUGGAGAUCGUGGGCCAGCACGACCUGGGGGUUGGCAUCACUCUGGGUGCCCACCAGUCCAUCGGUUUCAAGGGCAUCCUGCUGGUUGGUAGUCCCGCCCAGAAGGAGAAAUACCUGCCCAAGCUGGCCACAGGUGAGACCCUGGCGGCUUUCUGUCUGACUGAACCCGCCAGUGGCUCUGACGCUGCGUCCAUAAAGACCCUCGCUACCCUCUCUCCCUGUGGAAAACACUACAUCCUCAAUGGAGGCAAGAUCUGGAUCAGUAAUGGUGGUCUGGCUGAGAUCUUCACAGUGUUUGCCAAGAUGCCCAUGAUGGAUGAGAAGACAGGACAAAUGAAAGACAAAAUCACAGCCUUUAUUGUGGAGAGGAGCUUCGGAGGAGUGACACACGGUCCCCCUGAGAAGAAGAUGGGCAUUAAGGCGUCCAACACGGCGGAGGUGUACUUUGAGAACGUCCCGGUACCCAUUGAGAAUGUCCUGGGAGAGGUAGGUGGCGGCUUCAAGGUGGCCAUGGCCAUCCUCAACAACGGGCGCUUCGGCAUGGCCGCCGCCCUCUCCGGCACCAUGAAGGGAGUCAUCACCCAGGCUGUGGACCAUGCAGCCAACAGGGUCCAGUUUGGCAGUAAGAUCCACACCUAUGGAGCUAUCCAGGAGAAGUUGGCACGCAUGACUAUGCUGCAAUAUGUCACUGAGUCCAUGGCCUACAUGAUCAGUGGGAACAUGGACAGUGGAUCCAAAGACUACCAUAUUGAAGCGGCCAUCAGCAAAAUCUUUGCCUCUGAGGCUGCCUGGGAAGUGACUGAUGAGUGUAUCCAGGUCAUGGGAGGAAUGGGCUUCAUGAAGGGCUCUGGUGUAGAGAGGGUGAUGAGGGAUCUUAGAAUCUUCAGGAUCUUUGAGGGAACCAACGACAUUCUCAGACUGUUUGUGGCUCUCAACGGAUUCCAGGAUGCAGGGAAGCACCUGAAGUCUCUACAGAAGGCUCUGAAGAACCCUCUGGGCAACGCUGGGCUGCUGGCUGGAGAGAUCACCAAGAGGGCCAAGAGGACGGCAGGUCUGAGCACUGGGCUCACUCUACAGGGAUCAGUCCAUCCGGAGUUGUCUCACAGUGGAAAUCUGGCUGUUAAAGCUAUCGAGCACUUUGGAGUCACUGUUGAGGAUAUGCUGCUCAAACACGGCAAGAACAUCCUCCAUGAGCAGUUUGUGCUGAAGAGAGUGGCAGACAGUGCCAUUGACCUGUAUGCUAUGGUUGUUGUCCUGUCCAGGGCUUCCCGCUCUCUGAGCCAGGGUCAUGCCUCUGCCCAGCAUGAGAAGAUCCUGUGUGAAACCUGGUGUAUCGAGGCCUAUGACAGGAUCAUGAAGAACGUCAAGGACCUGAAGUCUAGUUCCACCACCCAGGUCUUUAAGAACAUGAAGGCCAUAUCUGCUGCCGUAGUGGAGAAUGGAGGCAUCGUCGCUCCUCACCCUCUGGGUUUCUAAACCAACUCAUAGAACAUUUAUAACACUGACAGAAACAUACUACUCCCUGAGAGAGAGGUCCUUUUCACACUACUGAAUCAAUCCAAGCUGUACUGUACUGGCUGAAACCACGCUAGAAAGGAAAAUGUGAAACCAAAAUCUGAGCCGGUACGGUUUGGGUUGGCACGAUAAUGUGAAAAGGGUGAGAAUGGGCUCUUCUAUGGGAGAAUCUCCACUGCAUACUUCUCAUGUCCUCGCCUCUUUCUCAAAACCCAUUGGAGGAGAAGGUCAGAGAACUUUGGGUUUCUUGAAGGAGGCGAGAGAGGAUGCAAGUAGUAUGCAAUUGAGAUUCUCCCAUUGUCUCAAAGACAGACUGCAGAAGAAAAACGUAAUUCUUCAAGCCUCAACGUUACAAUGCAUCACAAGCCAAGCGGAUCAACUACAUGGUUCUGACUGUUGAUUUACUGAAUGUAAAGUCUGUUUUACUUUUACUAUAUUUAUGGCCUUUUUAAAUAAUAUGUUCUGUAGUCUUUAUCUGUCCAGGAUCUCAUUUGGAACUAACCGUAUGUGCAUGGUGGUAUUUUACCAAAUGACUAAGAUGUGGGGAGAGACCAAGUUACUUUGUUGAAGGUUUUUGUUUGAUGUUGAGAUUUGGUUCUGGGUUGCUGAGACUGUUUGGGACAAUUCUGAGGAAGGACAGUUUGAGGAAGUAUAGUGACAUCAGCCUUGUAUCUGGGAUCUUUGAAUGCAUCAUUUUGUGUUCAUUGUGACUAAAUUCUCUCUACCUGUUAAUAACCUGGUAUGUACAGAGUUGUGUGUGCUGCACUCACAAAUGGCCUCCAUCUGAAAUGGCAUGCAAGGGAAAAUAGGGUGCCAUUUCAGAGUCACCCAUGUUCUCUCCCCUACUAGUUAUUUGUUGUAUGUUCUAAUGUCCUUUGACAGUUGACCUUUAUUGUGGUCAGGUGUCACAUUCCGUGCAAUCAACCAUCUGCCCUUCUGUUUUCAAAUCAAAUUUUAUUGGUCACAUACACAUGGUUAGCAGAUGUUAAUGCGAGAGUAGUGAAAUGCUUCUGCUUCUAGUUCCGACCAUGCAGUAAUAUCUAACAAGUCAUCUAAAAUUUCACACACAAGUGUAAAGGAAUGAAGAAGAAUAUGUACAUAUAAAUAUAUGGAUGAGUGAUGGCCAAGAUACAGUAUAUACAUAUGAGAUGAGUAAUGUAGGGUAUGAAAACCUAUAAAGUGGCAUUUUUUUUAAAGUGACUAGUGAUACAUUUACAUCCAUUUUUUUUAUUAUUAAAGUGGCUAGAGAUGAGUCAGUAUGCUGGCAGCAGCUGUUUAACAGUCUGAUGGCCUUGAGAUAGAAGCUGUCUCUCGGUCCCAGCUUUGAUACACCUAUACUGACCUCGCCUUCUGGAUGAUAGCGGGAUGAACAGGCAGUGGCUCGGGUGGUUGUUGUCCUUGAUCUUUUUUUUCACCACUUCACUCGUUUGUGUACGGUGAUCAUUUGUUCCCUACUGUUUUAUGUAUUCUACAUUUGUCUUCAUAUGACAAGGAUUGGAAAGGAUUAUACUCAGAGUUUGAGUGCGUGUAACUCACGGUUUUACGUAAGUAUUUUUGGGGACAGCCUGUUUGUGAAAGUCUAUUUUGACAAGCGGGCAGGAAUAGUGGUGCAGCACACUCAACCACCAACAAACAACUCUAGUGCCUGAUAUUCCAAUUGCCUUUGCCAGGGGUUGCAGGUCUAUUACUAAAAUGUAUUUAAUGGUCGUACCGGUAUGUCGUGUUGCUGAAUAUGUACCGUAAUCAAUAAAGAUUGGCUUGUGGCUACUUCUUCAA